AUGGACAGACUCAGAAGGAUUGGAAAUAAAAUCGCACCACCUCCGCAAAAGGCUGCGGAUGGCCGCGAUCAAUGGCCUUCUCGUACUGCAUUCAUACUCGCUUCAUUGAGUGGUGUCAUUGGAAUGGGCAACUUCCUGCGAUACCCAUCUACGGUCUUCAACAACCACGGGUUGCAAUGGUUCAUACCGUACCUACUGGCCCUGGUCCUACUUGCAGUUCCUGCCCUAGCUCUCGAGUUGGCCGCUGGCAAUGCCUAUCGUGGUGGUACCGUCACUGCUUUCAAUAAGAUCAGUCGGCGAAUGAGAGGAACUGGGUUUGCCCUAAACUACGUCGGUCUCGUCGUCAGCAUUUAUUUCAUCCCUAUCAUCGCCUGGGGAAUGGUCUUCUUCCAAAAGUCGUUCACUAGCCCGCUCCCCUGGGCCGGCAACACUGAGAGCUACUUCAUGUAUGAGGUGACUAGUGCAAUUGAUCCUGAUUCAUCUGGAACCUGGGUGGACUACCCUGGGACGAGCUUCGACGGUCGCCUCGUUGGUUGGAACGCGUUUCUGUUCUUCCUCGUAUGGCUUUGUAUAUUUCGUGGCACCGGUUGGACGGGUCGCGUAGUUUACUUCACCAUGGGCAUGCCACUCAUCGUCAUUGUAAUACUUAUUGGACGAGGCGCUUCGCUACCAAACGCCGGGCGUGGGAUCCGACUGUAUUUUGCGACCUGGAGAUCUGAAGCUCUUAGCGGAACCGGUAUCUGGCAGGAUGCUGUCGGUCAGGUCUUUUACUCAACAGGCGUCGGUUUUGGCUUUUACACAGCGUAUGCUUCAUACAACCAUCAAUUCGCCAACGCUGCUCAGGAUGCUGUUAUCCUUGUUUUUACAAAUGCUUUUCUCGAGGCCUCACUUGCAUUCGCCGCAUUUGGCAUUGUGGGCUUCAUGGGUAUGACUCCCGAUCCGGAGAAUCCAAUGGGAAGUUAUAGCUUAGGCUUCAUGACCUACCCCGAGGCUUUUGUCCACAUGCCGGGCUCAAACUUUUGGUCUGCUCUCUUCUUCCUCACUCUUGCGGUCGUCGGUGUUAGUUCAACUUUCGUCAUGCUUGACGCAUUCAUGACAUUGAUCAUGGAUUCCGCGUUCGCUCGGACUAGACGUUGGACACGAACAUGGGUAGCGACUGUGCUUGUGUUUGUCGUCUUCCUGUUAUCUCUCCCGAAUUGCACGCAAUUUGGAUAUUACUAUCUGGACGGCAUCGACCGAUGGAUCAACAACGUUGGUUUGGUAUUUGUCGUCUGGGCUGAAUGCGUCAGUGCCACCACAGUAUAUCGCUUCGAGGACGUCGUCGAUCAGGUUGGUUUACAAGCCUACAUUACCUACAAUGCCGGAUUCUUUGGAGCUCAGCUUUUGAGUCUCAUCAUCGGUCACACCGUCGGCGUGGAGGCUGGUGCGGGCGUGGGUUUCGGUGUCUUCAUUAUAGUUUUAAUCCCUGCCGUUGUGAUUGCGAAGACUCCUACAGUCAAAGUCACUGCCAGGCGAUUUGGCGGUUACGGCUACGCCUCGAAGCUAUACUACCUCGCCUUCUAUUCGGGCAACCAACUUCGUCAUGAUCUGAAUGCCGUCAUUGGGGGCGAGAAGAACUGGACACUGCCUUUCUUUUGGGCGCCCUUGCUGCGAUACUUUUCUGGUCCCAUCCUAGCCAUUAUCCUCAGCCUCGCAUACCCUAGCUUCGACCAGCUCCGUUACGACCCACUCCACGUCAUGGGCUUCAUAAUCGCCCAUUUCUUGCUUGUCUGGUGUGUGAUCGGGUUUGUGAUACCCCAGUGGCUUGACAUCUUCAUCAUACCGGAGCGCAGGGACGACUGGAAACAGCCACUUGCACCUGGGAUUCUGCGCGACACCACAGAAGGAGAAGUCGUCGAUCGCUUGGAGACUGGCUCACAAUUCGACAUGACAGAAGGCAAGAAGGAUGAUUCCGUGAACAACAACACAUCGAAUGGAAGCCUACGACACGACAGUAAUAGCUCCGUGACUGCAGAUCUAAGAGGUGACAACGCUGAUAGGCUGUAA